ACACCUCCUCGCUCUGUCAGACAACCAAUCGAUUUUGUCCACGACCGAGCAGUGAAAUGUUGUUUUAUAACAAUUUGAAGUAAAACUUUGCAUUUGUUACAAAAUUACAAAGCGACAUCACAAUGAAAUGUGCGUGGCCAGUGGUGCUUCUUCUGGUGGCGACCACCUGGUCGCAGCUCGUUAGUGGUCACGAUGCCAAAGGGUUCGACGAUACGGUUCUGUUCAAUUUGGCCUGGCAGGGAAAAGACGAACUUUUGGGCACAAACAUUGGAGAUGAAGAAAUUACCGUGACGACCUCGAACAAGGAAAAGUAUCGGUGCACGAUUCCCUCGAUUGCACCGGUGCUGGAUCCUGCCUCGGCAUGGCAAUACAAUGGUCCGAGUCCGCUGGAUUUGCUCAUGCCCCUGUUCAAUCAUGCGACCUGUUCGUACCGGAUCGAGAGCUACUGGACGUACGAGGUGUGCCACGGUAAAUACAUCAAACAGUACCACGAAGAACGGCACGAAAAGACUAGCAAGCUGCAGGAAUACUACCUCGGCAAGUGGGACAAGCAGAAGACGGCCAACCUGAAGGCCCGAUUCGAAAAGGACUCGGACGCAUCCGACAAGCUCAAGUACAAGAAGAUUGACGGACUCAACUUGCCGUAUCUGGAAUUGGAAAUGGAUUCUGGCACGGUUUGCGACUUGAACGGCGAGCCAAGGAUGACCAAAGUGCUGUACGUGUGCUACCUCCACGGCAAGAACGAGGUGUACUCGCUCAAGGAAACCUCGACCUGCAACUACGAGAUCAUCAUUCUGACGCCAAUGCUGUGCGCCCACCCAAAGUACAAGGAGCACACCGAGGAGAACAAAAUCACGUGCGUGCCGGUGGAUAAUGCCCCCAAAAAGCCCAAAAAUCUGCUUAUGAUGGAGAUUGAGAGCAUGAAAAUCAAGUACCAAAAGUUGACGGAUGUGCAUAAAAGCAUUAAAGAAGCUAUUGCUGUUAUUAAUUUCAACGAGGAAGGUCCUCAGCUGCUGUUUCCGAACGAGCCCAUAAUCGAAAGCACGCAAAGGAAAGGUUUGGUCGAAAGCGAAAUCGGAGACGAGCCAACUACCCCGAUGGAUUCGCUUACCAAGAAGAUCCGCAAAUCGCGAGAAUUGAAGCCACUGCUGGAAUUUUUGGACGGUACUUACUGCUUGACGGGAGGUUCCGGUUGGUGGAAGUUUGAGCUUUGCUUUGGAAAGCACGUCCGUCAGUUCCACGAGGACAAUUCAAUUUUUUUGGGCUACUUCAGCAAGGAGAAACACUUGGAAUGGCUCGAGAAGAAUCCGUCCAGCAAAAAUACGCGCAAAAAUGAAAACCAGCUGAGCAACUUCUACGGUGGUGGCGAAGUUUGUGACAAAACAAAUCAGCCGAGGCAGGUCGAGGUGAAGCUCAAGUGUACGGAAAGUUCGAUUAGCUCGAACGCCAUCGCGCUGUAUUUACUCGAGCCCCGGCCCUGUGAGUACAUUCUGAACGUUGAGUCAUCUCUGAUUUGUGAUAUUCUGCCGUACGCCGAGGAUAACAUGCUUCUACCGCAGAGUCUGCAAAAGCUGGAGGAGGACACACUGUACAUCAUCGAUAGAAGUAAUCUGAAUAACUGAAUAAACUUCGUGAUAGAAAUGUAUUUUUAAGUGAA